AUUCGACUCAUGACCUCACAUCUCAUCAUCUUGCCUCCAGCAACAUUCUACACAAAACACAUUUUUAUACAGGUGUUUGAAUAUAAUCAGUAACUUGCAAUGAUGAACUUUGUCUGUUGCAGUUUAGUUUUGCCAAGCCGUUUGUCCAUACGUAACCUUCACUAGGUUAUUGCUUGCUACUUAAUUUUUAUGAUUUCCACAAAAUUGCAAACUUAAUUAUUUCAAGUUUUUUGUCACAAACUACAAAUACAAUUCAAGUUAAAAAUGGGCGAUAAAAUAGAUUUUAGAGUCCCAUCUCCUGAAAUUCCUCUGAAUAAAAUGGAUAACAAUGAUAGGAAAGUCGCUGAAAAUAAUACUUUAAAAGUGGAAAAUGUUUACGAGCAAUUAGGUGGAUUUUCAAGAUUUCAAUUAUUUGCAACGGUUGUAAUUCUGUGUUUGGAGAUUCCAGGCGCAAUGGUGGCGUUGAGCCCGAUUUUGACGACAACCACGCACGUCGACUUUUAUUGCGAAACGAACGAUUCGUCCAUAUCACUCGUAGCCAAGGAUGAUUUGUGCACAAAUUCAUGCAUUAAUGGGGAAUUAAAGGCUAAACCACCAUUUAAAUCUAUUGUUCAAGAGUGGAACUUGAUUUGCGAGAAAUCAUGGAUUUCCGACUUUCUUACAAGUCUUUUCAUGAUAGGUUCUGCCCUUGGGCCUUUAAUAACAGCGCAGAUUGCCGACAGGUUUGGGAGAAAACCUGCCUUUUUUCUCGUUUGUAUACUCUUGAGUGCAUCGGGAAUAUUUGCAUCCCAAUCAACAAGCAUUCCGAUGUAUGCAGCCUCAAAAUUAUUCUCAGGGCUUGCUGCCGGAGGUUGUAUGGUCGCCCACAUGAAUUAUUUAAUGGAAUUUUUGACCCCCUCGUGGAGAAUUAUUUGUGGAUGUGUCUCAUUGUGGCCGGUUGGCGAAAUGUUGUUGGCUUUGGUUGGAUACUUAAGCCCAGACUGGAGGACGCUAUCUUGGGCGUCAAUCGUCCCAGCGUUACUUCUGAUCCUAACAUUUCCAUGGUUGUAUGAAAGCCCGAGAUGGCUCCUUUGCAAAAAUGAAACAAAGAAAGCUGGGGUGAUUUUCAACAAGAUUUCCGCAUGGAACAAUCGUCCCGAAAUAUCGGAAGAAUCGCUGCUACUUCUGCAAGAGUCCGUUCUGAGAUCAGCUUCUGACAAAGAAGUCUUUCAAAAUAGAUGGACUGCAUUUAAAGACAGAAAAAUUUUGAUGUGCAUAUCAAUCUUUUUUUUCGCCUGGUUUGCAAAUGCACUGACUUAUUACGGAAUUUCGUUUAACAUGAAAAAUAUUGAUGGAAAUCCAUAUCUCAACGUGUUCCUACUGGGUUUGCUGGACUCUCCGGCGGAAUUAUCGGGAAUGUAUUUCAGCAACAGAUUUGGUAGAAAAUCGUCAUUCAUCGGAUUUCUCAUCGUGAGCGUAUGCUGUCUCGUACCUCUUGCCGGAAUCCAUUUAAUUUACGAUACCCAAUCAAUCAAAAUGCAUUUUGGGACUGUGAUUCUCAUUUUAUGUUUAGCAGCUAGAUUUUUUAAUGAGACAAGUUUUGCAAUUAUGACGUGUUUUACGGGAGAAUCAUUUCCUACAAUAGUUCGAUCGAUAUGUUUCAGUAUUUGUACAAUUGCUUCAAGUGUGGGAGGAGUCCUAUCGCCACAAAUGGCAUAUUUUGGCACAUUUUGGGCUUCCGGACCUUACAUUGUAUUUAGCGUGACGUGUAUCAUUAGUUGCAUGCUCUCUUUGAAAUUGGAAGAAACUAGGAAAUUGCCACUUCAUGAUGUUAACUGAAUUUGUAUGGAUUAAAUUGACACGAUUUAAGCAUCAUAAAAUUUUAUUAUUCUGGCUGAGUUACAUUGUAAUACUUGGAUCAGAGUCAAACCUAUACGAAAAAAAUAACAAUUUGUAUGCAGGUAUUAAUUAAAUUAAUAUUUUUCCUGCCAAAAUCAAAAAUUUUAUGUAUAGUUAAGACUUUGAAAAAGUAGGAAACUGAUAAUUACAAUAAUUGUAAUCUCUUUUUACAGGAUAAAUUAGAUUUCAGAUUGAGAUUUUUAAAACUUUGAUGUGAGAAUACAUACAUAAAAUAUACGUGCAAAAGAUUUUGACUUAAUUACUUCUUUAUAAAACGCACUGCGGUUGAACACACUUAACAGCUUUUGGAUGCAACCGUGCAUUUUUUUCAUGUGCCUUUUUUUACUCUUCCUCAGACACGGUUUAAUCGUUCUUGUAUUGUUCGCUCUCAAAAAUCAGUAUUUAUGGUUUGUUGUAAAUAUAAAGCAAUAAAGUUUCCCUUUCGUCCUGC